AUGCAACAAUCUGUUGCAUGCGGAGGGCUUGCUGCAGCCCCAGAAGCAGCAUCAGCAGCAGCAGAAGCAGCAUCAGCAGCAGCAGCAGCAGCAUCACCUGCAGCUGCAGCAGCAUCACCUGCAGCAGCAGCAGCAACGCCUGCAGCAGCAACGCCUGCAGCAGCAACGCCUGCAGCAGCAGCACGUGCAGCAGCAACACCUGAAGCAACAAUACUUGAAGCAGCAACGCCUGAAGCAGCAACACCUGCAGCAGCAGCUCCUGCAGCAACAGCACCUGCAGCAGCACCAGCAGCAGCAACACCUGCAGAAGCAGCACCUGCAGCAGCAACACCAGCAGCCGCAUCUGCAGCAGCAGAACCAGCAGCAACACCAGCAGCAACACCAGCAGCAACACUACCAGCAGCAGCAACUGCAUCAACAGCACCAACAGCAACACCAGCAGCACCAGCAACAGCACCUGCAGCAGCAGCAGCAGCAGGCUGGACAACUCCGGUUGCAGGAGCAGCAGCUGCUGCUGCGCUGCAUGCGCCAGCAGCCCCUUCUGCUGCAGGGGGAGCAGCAGCAGCAGCAGCAGCUGCUGCUGCUGGUUCUGCUGUUGCUUCGGCUGCUGUGUCUCCCAGCAGCAGUGAAAGGGAGACAGCGAAUUGCAUCAGCAGCAGCAGCAGCAGCAGCAGCAGCAAGGGCAGCAGCAACACAGCAGCAGCAAGGAGAGCAGCAUUGGGGGUUCGAUACAGCAGCAGCAGCGGUGCUUGGUGCUGCUGCUGGAUAGACAGCUGCAACAAACAUAAAUAUAAAUACUUCCGAGUAAGGGACUUCGGAGAUGAACAGGCGCGGCUGCUGGCGGAGAAGUACUGGAAUGCAAAGGUUGCGGGGGAGGGUGCGGAGCAGCAGCAGCUGCAGCAACAGCUGCAGCAGCAGCUGCAGCAACAGCAGCAGCAGCUGCAGCAGCAGCAAGGCGGCGAGUCUCCUGUCUCUGGCGACGCUGUUUCUGUUUCUGGCUUGGGAGCAGCAGCUCCUGCUGCAGCAUCUCCAGCUGCUGCUGCUGCGGCAUCGCCUGCAGCAACACAAACACCAACAGCAGCAGCAGCAGCAACAGCAGCAGCAGCAGCAGCAGCAGAAGGAGAGCUUCCAGAAGGGGUUUAUUCGCGCGGUGCCGGUGCAAAUGCCUCUUGGAUUUGUCGCUGGUCUUGUGGGGGUCGUAAAUACAGCAGAAGUUUUGCUGCUUCCAAGUACGGCCCCACAAUGGCCCGCGAGUUGGCGUUGCGGUUUCGGCAGCAGCUGAAGGACGCGGAAGCAGCAGAAGACAGCAGCAGCAGCAGCAACAACAACAACAGCAGCAACAGCUCCACAGCAGCAGCAGCAGCUGCAGCAGCAGCAACCCCAGACACCGAAGUGCUCUUCACCUCGGAGCCCGACGACGCUGACAGCAGCAGCAGCAGCAGCAGCAGCAGUUGCUGCUGCGGCUUGCGAUUUGAUGCUGAGGGAGUCCGCUGGAUAUGCUGGUGGCGGGUUGGUGCAGCAGCAGCAGCAGCAGCAUUUGUUGUGGGGCGGUACCCCUUUGCUGUUGCUAAAAGAAAAGCUGCUGCAGCAUUUCAAUCGCGAGUGCUGGAGCUGCAGAUUGCAUGCGGCUGCAGCGGCCACGUUGAAGUCAAGAAGCUGCCUCCUGCUGCUGCUGCUGCUGCUCUCGCUGCUGCUGCUGCUGCUCAAGCUGCAGAAGAAGAGCAGCAGCAGCUCCAGCAGCAGCAGCAGCAGCAGCAGCAGCAACUUGAAUCCCUUUCUCCAGAAGGAACGCCCAGAAGCAGACUCAAAGAAUCCACUGCAGCAGCAGCAGCAGCAGCAGCAGCAGCAGCAGCAAAACCUCCCCUGGUGAUCCCCCCAUAUCUGCAGCACCUACCCCAGAGCUUUGUGGCUGAAGUUGCAGCAGCAGCAGCAGGUGGCAGCUUUGCUGCUGCUGCAGCAGCAGGGGCAGCAGAUGCUGGUGCUGCUGCUGCUGCUCCUGUUUCGGGGUUCUGCGGGCCUUCAGUGCCGCUGGAGUCUUUAAACCCCUCAAGUGCAGCAGCAGCAGCAACUGCUGCUGCUGCUGCCGCUGCUGGCGUUCGCGGUUGUGUCUUCUAUGAAGCCGGCAGCAGCGGCAGCAAAAGCAGCAGCAGCAGCAGCAACAGAGGCAAGUGGGUUGCAAGCUGGGUGUCUGAAGGCUUCACCCGCAGCAGAACCUUUCCUGUUGCAGCAGCAACUGCUGCUGCUGUUGGUUGGGGUGCAGCGGCAGCAGCAGCGCAGCAGAUGGCUGAGAUAUGGCUGCAGCUGAUCCUCUGCAAGGCAGCAGCAGCAGCAGCAGCAACAACAACAGCAACAGUUGCUACAGAUGCAGCUCUUGAACAGCAGCAGCAGCAUCAUCAGGAGCAGAAACCGAAUCUGCAGCAGCAGCAAGACCAGCAGCAGCAGCGGCAGCAGCAACUGCAGCAGCAGGAGCUUCACCAUCACGGCCAGCCGCAGCAGCAGCUGCUGCUGCAGCACGCGAAGAGCGAACAGCAGCAGCAGGCUGGGCGGGCUCCAGAAGGAGCAGCAGCAGCAGCAGCAGAUGUCGGAGCAGCUCAAGACUCUCCAGCAGCAGCGCCUCAGGCGGAAGCAAUUGGCGCAGCAGCAGCAACAGCAGAAACAGCAGCAACAGCAACAACAGCAACAUCGGAUAUGCAUAGCGCUCUGCAGGAGUAUUUGAGUUGCUGCUGCAGCAGGCCGGGGCUUUCUUUUGCUGCUGACAAGGGUUUGUGGGUUGUAGAUGCCUUUAAAGCGUUCCACUCUGCUGCUGCUGCUGCUGCUGCUGCUGCUGCAGCAGCAGCAGCACCGGCCGGCAGCAACCUAACAUUUUGUGUGCAGGCCUUAGGCUGGCAAGGAGCCCGGGCUGCUGCUAUUCGCUGCCACGAUGAGUUUGCUGCUGCAGCAACAGCAGCAGCAGCAACUGCAGCUGCACCAACAGCGGCUGGUCCUGGCACCGCUGGAACUGCGGGCAGCAGCAGCAGCAGCAGCAGCAGCAGCAGCCAAGAGAUAAUUGCUGCUGCUGCUGCUGCUACUUCCAACGCAACGGCUGCAUCUCCUGCAGAGUCUAGGGCAAGUCCAUCGUCAUCACCAGCAGCAGCAACAACAGCAGCAACAGCAGCAGCAGCAACAGCAGCAGCAGGAGCAGCAGGAGCGACAGGAAUUAAACAGCAGCGGGGGGCUGGAGCCGGAAGGCAGCAGCAGCAGCAGCUUCCUAGUCUAGAAGAGCUUCUUGCUGCAGUACAGCGCGUGGAUGUCCCAUGCGAUCCAGCAGCAACAGCAGCAGCAGCAGCAAGUGGGGCGUGUCAGUACCCGCAGAGCGGCAGCAGCGACGCGCUGCCUACGAGCAGCAGCAGCAGCAGCAGCAGCAAUGGCAGCAGCAGCAGCAGCAGCUGGACACUGCAAAACCUUUUUAGGCCUCAUCUCCGGUUCAGCCGCAGCACAGCAGCAGAUGCAUUUAAAGGGGGAGCCUGGAGAUUAGAAUGGCUGCAGCCACGUUGGCAGGAGCAGCAGCAGCAGCAGCAGCAGCAGCAGCAGGAUCUGCUGCUGCAGCAGGUGAGUUGGCCGGUGUACGUACAGCAGGUGGGGGCUCACGCUGCAUUGCUGCUAGCGCUGUUCCUGAAGCAGCAAAUCGAAGCAGCAGCAGCAGCAGCAAUGGAGCCUGAGUUGCUUCAGCAACAAGUGCAGCAGCUGCUGCUGCAGUCUGUGGCGCUGCAGCGCGAAUGCAUCUGCAGCAAAGGCAGCAGAAAGCAGCUGCCGCAGCAGCUGCAGCAGCUAGAGCAGCUGCUGCCCCCACAAACAAUGCAGCAAGCUCAGGCUUUGAGAGACAGAUGCAGCAGGAAGAGACAAUCAGCAGCAAAGCCCGCUGCUGCUGCUGCUGCUGCUGCAGCUGCUUCUCCGGCUGCUGCUUCGCUGUUGAAGUCUCCCGUUGCAGCACACCUGGCGUCUCCUCUUGCUGCUGCUGCUGCUGCUUCUGUAGAUGGAACAGCAGCAGCGCCACUGCCGCCUGCUGCAGCAGCAACUCCCCUAACAGCAGCAGCAGCGGCUGCUGCUGCUGCUGCAGGAGGGUCGGCACCUGUGGACGCAGCCACUCUAGCCCUUCAUCAGAGGCUGCUGCUGCUGCAGCGGCAGCAGCAGCAGCAGCAGCAGUUGCUGCAGCAGAGGCAGCAGCAGCAGUUGCUGCUGCAGCGCCAGGCGCUCUCGCUGCAGCAGCAGCAGCAGCAGCUCUCGCCAGAGCAGCUGCAUCAGUUGCUGCAGCUGCGUAAGCUAAGCGAACCAUCUCAGCAGCAACAGCAGUAUUUGCUUCAGCAGCAGCUGCUGCAACUCCGCCUUCAGCAGCAAGCGCAGCAGCAAAAGCUGCUGCAGCCAGAGCAACAGCCCCUCAAGAAAACGAGACUGGAGGUUCCGGCAGCAGCAGCAGCACCUGCAGCAGCAGUAGCAGCGCCGGCAGCAGCAGCAGCAGCACCUGCAGCAACAGCAACAGCAGCACCUACAGCAGCAGCAGCAGCACCUGCAGCAGCAGCAGGGAACAUGGGGAAGCCGCCCGAGGGGGCAGUCAGUGUACUGCACCCUGCCCAGCUGUUGCUGCUGCAGCAGCAGCAGCAGCAGCAGCAGCAAAUUGCCCUGUCUGCAUCGCUAGGUCAUGCAAAGAGCAGCAGCAGCAGCAGCAGCUGCUGCAGCAGUAGCCAAGGAGUUCCUUCUUCUCCUACAACAGCAGCAGAGUAA